AAAAUAUUCUUUAACGUCAGGGAAACAGUAAAAUUUCUAUAUGUAAAUCAGGGGAAAAUAAAUUAAAUUUGUAUUUUUAAUUUUAUAGGGAAAAUAAUUUGAAAACCGGAAGUGCGUCAUUCGUAAAGAGGAAGUGAGGAAACGUUGAGCGCUGAUUGGUUGAUGAAUUCGGGACAUUUCUCGGCAAGUGUCGUGUAACAUCGCGAGUCGAUAUUCAGUCGAUAUCAACCGCAUCGCAUCAUCGUUCUUUUCGAAGCGAGAAUUUUCGAUAAUAUAUAAAUUUUAAGGACAAAAACAAGUCCAUUGUAAAUACGAUUAAUUUUCCCGCUAAAUUUCUCAAAUAUAAAGAAAUUUACAACAAUAAAAGUGAUAAUAGGGUGGAAUUUAUAAAACAAAGUGUUUAAAUAGUGGACAGUAAUUUCUAAAAACGUGUUAUAUGAAUAUCGCGUCCAUUUUGUAAAAAUGGAAUAAUGUUAAAAGUACAAUUUUUCCCACGUUUUUUUUCCAAGUUUUAUUUAUUUGAAAUAUAAAAAAAAGAGGAAAAUAAUAAUAAUAAGAAAAUAUGUCGAGAAAAAUACAACCUGUGCCUGUAUUGAGUCCAGAAUUCUUUGAAGAAGAAACAACUGGUGCCAAUGUAUCAGUGCCGAAUCUCUUGGAGGAGAAACAUGUUUACACUUACAAGAAACUCGUGGUGCCAAUGUCCAUGCGAAGUAUUUAUUGGAAAUAUUUUGGUUUUCCAGCAACGGACGAUGGCAGUAUUCUCACCAAAGUGAAAAUUGUUUGCAUUUUAUGCAAAACACAAAUUGCCUACAAUCGAAAUACCAGUAAUCUUAGAAUGCAUUUGCAAAAUAAACACGCGCAGGAACUUCUUGAAUUGGAAACGGCAAAUCCACCACGAAAACCAAUAAUAUCACAAGAGGCCAAAGAACGAAGAGCUCAAAAAAGACUAUUGAAAGCUGGUUUAGCAGCAGCUCAACAUAUUUACACGACAAACACCGAUGGGACAAUACAAAUUGACAGUGACAUUCAAUUUGUAACCGAUCCAAAUGUCAGCCUAACGGGCAUUGAGGAAGAUGUCAAUGUAACAUCACCAGUGCGUGUGAUGAUUAAAAAUCCAAAUAAUUCCUGUAAUUUAAAUUCAAAUGUCGCUUUUCUCAUGUCCGACGAUACGUCCGUUCAACAAUGUGGCAGCACUGAAUCAAAAUCAGCAAUUUUAGACGCAAUCGCUGAAUUUGUCAUCGUUGAUCUUCAAUUACCAGAAAUUGUUGAGGGUCGUGGUUUUCAAAAAUUGGUCGCCACUCUUAAAUCACCUUGCGAAAUACCAAGUAAAAGUAAAUUGGAAGACGAUUUAUUGCCAAAGAUUUAUGACAAUUAUAAAGAGUCAAUUGUACAGAAUUUAUCGUGUCUCAAUACGGAAAUUGGACUCGCUAUUGAGGAAUGGAGAUCGAAUACUAAAGAGAAUUUCGUUACAUUUUCAACUUAUUAUCAACAUCCUGGUGAAACAACACUUGAUUAUAAGGUUCUUUGUACAUUACACGCGCCCGACGAUUGGGAUGAUAUUCAAUGGGGUAUUGUCGUUGAUUCCCUACUAGCCGAAUGGGAAUUGAGAAUUGAAAAAAUAACUGCCGCUGUGAUUGCAAUUUCAAUACCAGGAUUGAUAACAGCUUUGAAUAAUCGUGGUUUAACUCUAGUUCCCUGUUUACUUCACACUCUACAAGUUUGUGCCUUGGCCUGCUUUCAAGAUUCGGAUAUUGCGCCCAUAAUCUCCAAGUGUCGAGCAAUUAUUGGAGUGAUAUUGGGACAUAAUGGAGCGUCCGCAACACUUGCAAUGCAGGAUCAAUUAUUAGAGUUGGAGGAGAAUUCGUUAGUAAUGGACUAUCCAUCGGUGUGGAUUUCAACUUACAAUAUGCUGGAGCAAUUGGCAUUGCGUCGUAGUGUAUUGAGUAAUAUUCUCGAUACCGUCGAGAGAGCCGAUCACGAUACAAUUGAUCUCACUCAAGAUGAAUGGAAAUUAAUUGAAGAUCUUGUCACUGUUCUUGAACCUUUCAAGGUUACGAUAAUGACCGUUGGCGAGGAGAAAAUCCCAUUAAUUUCCCUAUUAAAACCAUUAUUGUGGCAAUUGGUUUCUUCGCAUUUGAAAGCAAAAGAAGCGGACAGUGGUACAACGAGAAAUUUUAAGGAAAAUUUAUCAGACAUGUUGUGCGAGCGUUAUGCCGAUAGUAAUGUUACGUUACUUUUGCAAAUUGCAACAACACUCGAUCCAAGAUUUAAGCAACUUCCUUAUGCAACGGACGAGGAUAAAACACUUGUUUCGGCACCAAUCAAGGACAUGUUGACGAAGCUAAUUGAGGAUGAAGGCGGAAAUCGAAUCAGUAAAAUGGAUGAUAUUCCCGAGAAGAAGAGACGAAUGUCUAGAAUGGAACAAUUGUUGGGUGAUCAAUUUUGUAGCUCUAAAAAUCGAAUGCCAUCGGAAGAGAAAGCGGAUUUGGAAUUAGUUCAAUAUCAAUCGGAAGCAACGGCUGCAUUGGAUCAUUGUCCCCUGCAAUGGUGGGCAAAUAAUGUUGCGAAAUGUCCUCAUUUAUCGAAACUAGCACAAAAAUAUAAUUGUGUACCCGCGUGUUGUCCACCGCCAUCACGAAUUUCAGCCGAGGCACAAGUUAUCUAUGACACGAAACGUGCAGCCCUACCGUCACAUUUAGUUGAUAAACUGCUUUUCCUCUACGGUAACUACAACGUUUCGGAAUAAUGUAAAUAUUUGCAAAAAAAAAAAGAAAAGAAAUACUUUUGUACAUCCUAGAUUAUGAGAUUAAAAUUUAUUUGUAAAAAAAA